AUGGCGCAGCAGGGGCAGCGGUCCGUCUGGACGCUCAAGACCGGGCACGGCUUCUCCAUCAUGUCUGAUAAUAGUUUAUCACCAGGACCCUCACAUCCUGGCUCUCCCAAGGCUACCAAGCACUCCACGGUGAUACCUUCCUCGGUGGGUGCCAAAUCACAGGAAAAUGAGCAUUCAAAGAACAAAUCUCUGUCUGAGGAAGAGUCUUCAGAGUCUAUGGAUGACUUAGAGUUUCUAGAAUUUGAGGAUGAGGAAUCUGAGGAAGAAGAGUACCUGGAAGAGGAUGAUGAGUUUUUGAAUGAGGAAGAAUUAUUACAAAGGGAAACGUAUCUGUUUCAAGCAACAUGUGUGGAAGAGACUGCAUAUCUAAAAGAAAAGAAGCUUCAGAAGCAUCUGGAAGAUGAAGUGAAGACAGAUGUCACAUCAAGCCCGCUCGAUGUUAAUAUAAGGGGCCCAGUUCUAAGUACCUCUCAAGGAACCCGUCUGACUGGCUCUUCUGGCUCUACACAUGACCUGAAGUUUGCCACAUCUUCUUACUACAGUUUGCCAGGACUCUCUGUCGCCCUAAGAGAUCAGAGCAGUCAGACAGAAUGGGCCUACAAGAGCAAGUCAGGACUAUCCUUAAAAUCCAAAACAAGACUGGAUCACCAAUCCUCCAUGCUACUCUAUUCGAAAUCUGACUUGGAAGACAGCUUCCAUCAAGGGGUCUUUUGGGACACACUCAUGAAUGAACCUUUCGACAAGCGGGAAGAGGAAUCCUUUGAAUCUCUUCCCAGCACCUAUCAGUCUGUGUUUAGGGAAAUACUCCGUGAGUUGGCAAUCGAGGGUGAAAUGGAAGAUGACCUGAACAUACCCCUGAGCAAGCUGAUGGAAGGUGAAAACAGGAAGAAGCUGGGAGCCUUGUUGAAGAAAAAUUUUGAAAAAUACAAAGAAACAAUUAUGUGGAUUAUGAAGCAACGUGAAGCUAGCCAGAAGAUUCCAGAGAAGGCCAUCACCAUUACAUACCUAAUAUCAACUCUGCAACAGCCCGAGAAGCCUGAGGAAAAGAUAUUAGUAAGCUGUCCCUCUCUCACGAGGAGAUUACAUCUAGACCACAGAUGGGCUCAGGCAAAGAUGAAGGUACAUCAAAGUGAUGGAAAAAUAGCUGCCUACCACAGUGGGAAGAGCUUCCAUAUUUUCUUUCCUAAUGGCACAGGCCAGAUAUACUAUCCGUCAGGGAACCUGGCUCUGCUCAUCUUCUGCAAAGGAGUUGAAAAGCUUACAUAUAUUGUUCUGGAAGACUCUGUACGAAAAAAGAUCCGAGGCCUUGUUACCAACACUGGCCAUGCCACCUUCUACAAUGAGGACGGAGGGAUCUGGUUGAGUCUGAGCAAACUUCUGGGCUAUUACUUCCCCAAAGGCAAGCAGCGGCAGAAGGCCUGGAACUGGUGGGACCUGAGCAUGCACGUGCAUGCGCCCCCUUUCAUGUGCAUCACGUUGAAACUCAACAAGUACAUCCGUGUACAAAUACGGAGCCAGGACAAGGUCAUCUUCUGCUUCAUCCCCCCCAAGCAGAGGCGGAUUUGUCUCAAUAUGGGCACCAAGUUCAAGCCUAUUAACUCAAAAGUGCACCAAGCCUUGAUGGAGAAGGUGGUCCUGGAGACAGACCCCCGCCCAACGUCCUGGAAGAUCCAAGUCCUUCUGGAGAGAAUAAUGAGGAGUCUGAGCGCCCUGACACUGUCUGAUUUGGAAAACUUCAUAGCAGUGGUUCAGGUGGUGCUCGGGGACCUCAGUGAAAAGAUAUCUGAAAUCUGGUCUUAA